CUAGGCCAGCCAAUCACAGGCAUCCGGCAAAGCUGCAUGUCAUUUCUGCCCCGCUUGCAACCUGCGCUGUGUUUUUGUUUGUCUGUCUGCACACCAGCGAAGAAAUCACAGAGUCUGCUGCUGCUAGCGCGGAACGAAAACCCAGGAACUCUCUUUUCUCUCACUUUCCGCCCAUGAGGACUCCGGUAACCGCAGAGGACGCACGGAGCAGGACCGAAAGGGAGCACGGCCGGGGCAGUGGAGUCAGGUGCUGCUGCUGGAUGAGAGUCUGACUAGGCAUUUUCUCCCCGGUGACAGCGACAAUCUCAGCGGCGCAUCUUCCCGGAUAGGCGCUCCUCCUCCCCUCCCCUCCCUUCUCCUCUCCUCUCCUCUCCUGCAGCUCACUGACCAUGGCUCUGGUGACACUGCAGCGCUCUCCCACCCCCAGUGCAGCAUCGUCGGCUAGCACGACCAACAGCAGUGCGGGGGAGGAUUUCGGAAGCGAUGAUGAGAGGAAAAAUAAUCAGAGCCUCAGCGAGAGCUUCUUCAUGGUCAAAGGAGCCGCCCUCUUCCUCCAGCAAGGUGGCAGCACGCAAGGACCAAAGACCCCGACCCACCACAAACAUGCAGGUGAUUUGCCUCAACAUCUGCAGGUCAUGUUUAAGAUUCUCCGGUCUGAAGAUCGCAUUAAGCUGGCUGUGCGGUUAGAAAGCAGCUGGACAGAUCGAGUGCGCUAUAUGGUGGUUAUCUACACCACUGGCCACCAAGAUACAGAGGAAAACGUCGUCCUGGGAAUGGACUUUACAGAUAAGGACAGUAAGAAUUGCUCUAUUGGGAUGGUGCUGCCGCUGUGGAGCGAUACCAACAUACAUUUAGAUGGAGAUGGAGGCUUCAGUGUGAGCACAGCAGGGCGGUCACAUGUCUUCAAGCCUGUGUCUGUGCAGGCCAUGUGGUCAGCCCUGCAGGUCCUCCAUAAGGCAUGCGAGGUGUCCCGCCGGUUCAACUACUUCCCAGGGGGCAUUGCUCUCACAUGGAUGGCCUUCUACGAGAGCUGCAUCACCUCCGAGCAAAGCUGCAUCAAUGAGUGGAAUGCUAUGACCGACCUGGAGAGCACCCGGUCUGAUUCUCCCACCAUGUUCGUCGACCAGCCAACUGAGCGAGAGAGAACUGAAUGUGCCAUUAAAGCCAAACUACGCAACAUCAUGAUGUUUCAAGACUUGGAAAACAUCACCUCAAAGGAGAUCCGUAACGAGCUGGAGCAGCAUAUGAACUGUAACCUCAAAGAAUACAAGGAGUUUAUAGACAACGAGAUGCUUUUGAUCCUGGGUCAGAUGGACAAGGCUACACUUAUCUUUGACCAUGUCUAUUUGGGCUCUGAGUGGAACGCUUCCAACCUGGAAGAGCUACGUGAGUGUGGAGUGGGUUUUAUUCUGAACGUUACCAGAGAGAUCGACAACUUUUUCCCAGGCUUGUUUUCUUACCACAAUGUCCGAGUGUACGACGAGGACGCCACUGACCUGCUGGCCCACUGGAAUGACACUUACAACUUUAUCGUCAAAGCCAAGAAGAAUAAUUCCAAGUGCCUGGUGCACUGUAAGAUGGGGGUGAGCCGGUCUGCCUCUACUGUUAUUGCCUAUGCAAUGAAGGAGUAUGGCUGGUCUCUGGAGAAAGCCUACAACUUUGUCAAGCAGAAACGGAGUAUAGCUCAGCCAAACGCCGGCUUCAUGAGACAGCUGGCAGAGUAUGAGGGAAUUCUAGAUGCCAGCAAACAGCGUCACAACAAGCUAUGGAGGCCUGGAGCAGAUGAGGAGGGAUCGGAUGAUUUGCAAGCCUCAGGCCAUUGUGCCGGUGGAGGGGAAACACUCAGAGAAGAGGAAGCCUGGGGAGGCUGCGGGGCAUCUCCCUGUAGGGGUAUGGGUCUGGAGAUGGAACCUCUAGACUCUCUUAACUAUAAUUAUUACUUUAGACGUUUGUCAGACUCCGCACUUGACAGUGAGCCUUCCACUCCAGUUCGGGGACCCCCUCUGCUCGGUAUGGAAAGAGUUUUUAUUGAGAUUGAAGAUGUAGAGAGAGAUGCCCUGCUGGAGGACGAGGGUUUCCCCAUGGCCCAUUUAGCCCUGCCUGGUGAGGGCACCGCAGCCCAGACCUGUGGACGCCUUGAUCCCCUCGAGGACAUGAGGCUGAGGCUCGAGUUCAGUACUUUGGAAGAAGAGGAUGAAGAAGAAGCUAAGAAAGAGGAAGCUGAGAUGGCAGCUUUGGCUCAAAUGCCUGGAAAUUCAGAGGGGAAGAAAAUGGGGGAGGAGGAUGAGAGGAGCGAGGAAAGCCGGUUAGGGUUAGCCAACCUGAACACCAACAACAGUAACCGCCUAGCAGCCAAGCGCAGCUGUCCUGCAGCUUUUGAUGACAGUGGUAGCACAGGAAACCCUUUAAAAGUGAAGCCCUCCUAUCAGUCCUGUAAGGACUGCAUGCGUCUACCGCAAGGGCGGCGCUGUGACCGUCCAACAGGAGGCCGUCCCCACCGCCUUAACCCUUCCCGCCACUGCACUGUCCCUUCCAUAUGCAUAGAUCCGCCUGGAACGAAUUUUGCUUCCACAUCGAGUCUGCAGUCUCUUUCCAGCCCUGCAGUUGUACCACCUAACUUGAUCCAGCCCUCUACUCAACUGUACCGCUGUUCCACCUGUGCCCCUGACGUCACAGCUGUUCCCCUAACCAACCACCAGAAACUGGCCUCACCCAUGAACUGUGAGGAGGCGCCUCCUGACCGCAGCUCAGUGGAAACGGAGGACAUGGAUGAACCGCAGGGUGAACAAGUGUUAAGGGAGUGUACUGACGCCAUCAGUGACGCUGAAGAUUUAAAAUUACAACCUGGUGGAGCAGUAGAGCUCCCGCAGCUGCAAAUGCCAGGACUGGGGAUAGAAUUUGGUCUGGAACUGAUGCGACAGAGGGCAGAGCAGCUUGAGAAGCUGCCAAGCAUGGCCAUGGAGGCCAGCUCUCAGUAGGACACCUGCCUUAACACGGUGGCUCAAGCAAAGAUGAGAUGGGGGGGGAUGAGAAGUGGCUUGCCACUGUCUCAGUCUCUUUAAUGGCUUUGAGAAGUUAAAACCUGCUGCUGUGGUACCACGAACAAAGCACUGUGCUGAUCUCCACUCUAAUGUCUCGGCUCCAUUUAAACAAGCUGCAGAAGCUCAGUGCAUUGACAGAGAGAGCUCCGUCGUAGACUUCCGGCAUUGAGAUCCAGAUGAGGCCGAUUGCUUUCACUAUGUGCUUAAGGCCUGGAUGCUUCAGAUCGAGCCAGGGUGGAAGACUUUCCCGUGUGUUUGAGGCCGCCGUGGGCUAUUCGAACUGCCUUUCUCACCACACGUGCAGGAUCAUCCCCUUUUCCCACUCCCCAGCCGAGACGAGCAUUACGCCGCCAUGUUGCCAUCAGAAGACAAGUUUCAGUGCAGCAGUGGCAGUUCGUAACAUCUAGUUGUGGUUCCUUUAUGACUCCUCAGAGUGCUUUAUUUAAAUGUCGAUGAAAAGAAAAAUACAGAAGUAGCACGCUUCUGUCAGUGUACUCUGUUUCCAGUAUUCAUGGAGGAGCUCAAUAAGUAAUUAUAGCUGAGCCACUGUUUCCUCAUAUUACUACAGAUAACUGAACCAUCACUGAGCUUAACUUAUAUUUUACCUGCUGCAGCUGCUUUUGCAUCGUGAGAGAACAUUUCAUGUGAAAGCAUACUAGUUUAUAUGAAAGAAAAAAAAGUGGAUGUGACCGUAGCCUUUUUAAUGCCUCUUUGUGAAGCACCGUACCUCGGGCCAGGAGCGUCUCAGACUGUUUUUGGUCAAAGACUGUUUUGUUCUUUCUGCUCAGCGGCUACUUCACCCUGACCUCCUCCAAUAAAGUUAAUCUAAUCAUGUACUGAAAGCGCUUAGUUUAGUCCACGCAUGACUUUGCAGUAUUACAUAACAUAUCUCCAACACAUUUACACACAAAUGUAUCGAACAACAACAAACUUCUACUUGAGUUUUUUAGCAUUUGAUUUUCUAAUAAUUGGUUACAUUGUAAGUAACAACAAAAAAAGGUGCAUUCGUUUUUCAAGUGGAUGUUGAAUUGAUUCAGCCUAACCUGAUCAAUCAUCUUAUGCAUAAGAGAAUGACAGAAGAUUGAAAGGCAUUUAGACCCCGAGCAACAACCAGAUCAUUUCUGAUGUAACCAAAGCUGUAACAUGCACGGACACUCGGAUUGCAUCCACAGAUAUUUUUAAAUUCACACAAAUCACAUAUACAGUAGAUUAUGCAGUUGAGCACAACUCUAGUAUCCAUUCACACCAUGCACAGUCAUAUUUCUGAUCUAUUUCAGUACAUUAACCCUAAAUAAUUUGAAGCAAACGAAAACAGACCAGGAAAUCCAAAAUAUAUAUUUUUUAAUCUCUUGAAAGUUUAAGGGAUUAGUUGCGUUUGUUCGCCGUGUCAAGUGGAGCCCAUCCCUGUGUAAUGUAUAACUUAUUUGCUCUAAUGAUAACAUUUGAUCCACGUGUCAACUGGUUAUGCUGUAAAAAUUUGUUCAUAAUAUACUGUGAAAUGGAAAAAAGUAACUCCAGUCACUCUUAUAUGAAAAUCAGAUGAUAUUUAUAACUUAUUGUACUGGAUUUCCUUUAUUUUAAAUGCAGAGAAGGUAAUCUAUGACAUCAAGAUGAUUGCAAAGCUUAGCACAUGCAGGUUUACACACAUGAGUCCCAGGCAGUUAUUUCAGAACUUUUUCUCAUUUUUUUAUUU